AGCUGUCUCAUAAGCCAGGGGUGGGAACUGCCGAGUGAGGACAGAAAGGUGGGGUUGGCGUUCAGACGGAACCCCUGCUGGUUCCUCCCUAUGCAGAGCCCCUCGCUGUCCUCAUUCUCCACCCAGAAGCUCCUCUCCACUGCAGUGGGUGCUGUGCGGGCCCAGGCCUGCCUCUCUGCCCUGGGAUCUCUAGGCCUGCUUCUCUUCCUGGGACUAAUGGCCCCUCCCCACUGAUUUCUAGGAUUGUUCCCAUCAUGCAGGUGUCCUUGUUCCAGACUGGAGAUAGGCUCCCAGGAGGAAGGGGAUUGCUCAGUCCCUGGUGGGCCAGGGUACACCCCUGGGAGGGACUAGAGCGGAGAUGAAGGGCCCAGGGCAGCCUGGAGAGCUGUGGCCAGUCUGCACCCAAAUAGUGGGCUGGGGGAGGUGGGCUGCUGGGAGAGAUCAGGUUGAAGUUCAGAGGUCAGCUCGUCACCACCACUGGCUGAGGCAGGGAGAGGCAGGUCUCCUGGCGGUGAAGCCCUGAGUGGGACGGGGGUGGGGCAGAGGGCUCUGGGCAUGCCAGCUUCCAUGCCCUCUGGACCUGUCAGGUGAGCAGGGCCUGUGGGUGGCACCAGUGGCCUCUGAGACCCAGCCAGCCCUUCCCUGUGGACAGCAGGCCUUUUUUUGUGGCCCAGCAUGAGGCUUCCCUGACAUGCAUCUGCCCUAACAGACAGAUCCCACAGACAUGAGUGGGUGUCAGCCCAUCACUGCCCCACAGCACCAGAUUCCCUGUCCAGGUACACAUAGGAUACCCUGGCCCUGAGAAAGCUUCAUCCUCAGAGUACCAGCCCUAGACAGAUCCAGGCCAGGAAAUGCUGGAGUGCUCAGCCCACAGGCAGCAGACAGGAACCCGUGUGUGCCGGGGGCGUGGUGGCGACGCGCUGAGGUCCCUGCUGGUGCGUGGUGUGUGCCAGGACAGAAGGGGCAGCUGCUGAAGCCUGGAAAUUCCCCUGAAGGUGGAGCACCGCCCAACCCCCCUGGGUCCCAGCCUCCCUCAAGGCCUCCUCCACCUCCACCUCCACCCCACCCGGCCUGGCGUCCACCUCUUCGGCUCCUACCUGGGCACGAUCGAGUUAAAUGGCUGAUAAGCAGAUCAGCCUGCCAGCCAAGCUCAUCAAUGGCGGCAUCGCCGGGCUGAUCGGGGUCACCUGCGUGUUCCCCAUCGACCUGGCCAAGACCAGGCUGCAGAACCAGCAGAACGGCCAGCGCAUGUACACAAGCAUGUCCGACUGCCUCAUCAAGACCAUCCGCUCCGAGGGAUACUUUGGCAUGUAUCGGGGAGCCGCUGUGAACUUGACCCUCGUCACCCCCGAGAAGGCCAUCAAGCUGGCAGCCAACGACUUCUUCCGACAUCACCUCUCCAAGGAUGGGCAGAAGCUGACCCUGCUUAAAGAGAUGCUGGCAGGCUGUGGGGCUGGCACCUGCCAGGUGAUUGUGACCACGCCCAUGGAGAUGCUGAAGAUCCAGCUGCAGGAUGCAGGGCGCAUCGCCGCCCAGAGGAAGAUCCUAGCUGCCCAGGGCCAGCUGUCAGCCCAGGGGGGUGCCCAGCCCUCAGUGGAGGCUCCAGCUGCCCCUCGGCCUACGGCCACCCAGCUGACCCGUGACCUGCUGCGAAGCCGUGGCAUUGCUGGUCUCUACAAGGGACUCGGGGCCACGCUGCUCAGGGACGUUCCCUUCUCCGUGGUCUACUUCCCGCUCUUUGCCAACCUGAACCAGCUGGGCCGCCCGGCGUCCGAGGAGAAGUCGCCUUUCUACGUGUCCUUCCUGGCCGGCUGUGUGGCCGGGAGUGCCGCCGCUGUGGCCGUCAACCCCUGUGAUGUGGUGAAGACGCGGCUCCAGUCACUUCAGCGAGGCGUCAAUGAGGACACCUACUCUGGGUUCCUGGACUGUGCCAGGAAGAUCCUGCGGCACGAGGGCCCCUCAGCCUUCCUGAAGGGCGCCUACUGCCGCGCGCUGGUCAUCGCACCCCUUUUCGGCAUCGCACAGGUGGUCUACUUCCUGGGCAUCGCAGAGUCCCUGCUGGGGCUACUGCAGGACCCCCAGGCCUGAGCCCAGCACCCGCUCCACCCCAGCCAGCUGGGCAGGGCUGGUGUGGGGCUGGAGCCAGGCAGCUAGCCCAGGACGGAGCAAGGGAAGACCCCUCCCCAGCCCUCCUGUCGGCAGGGGCAGCAGGGGACGGGGUGCAGGGUCCACAUAGGCGGUGCACACGCGAGCCCCCCGGUGUGCUGCCUGCAUCGUUGGGAUCAAUGUCUUAUUUAUGUAGAAAAUGCAGAAAUCUUUACAUUCCUCAAGCUAGCCCCUGCCCCAAUCCUGCCCUGGCCUGAACACCCCCAGGGACAGAGCUGGUCUCUGGGCUGGGGGCCCCUGGGCCUGGGUUGGGCAGGCUGGACCAUACCCCCAGCCCACCGGUUCCAGUCUCCACGGCCGUCCUGGUCCGCACAGGGACCCUGCACAAACCUAUUUAUUGAACCUGCUGGGCCCAAGUGGCUCUCCAGCCCUUCCGUCCUUCCCCAGCCGCUCUUGUCGCCUUGGCAGGACUGGACUCUGCCUCCCUGGCCAGCCUUGCAAGAGGACCGGGGUCUCCUGCCCUCUCUGUUGAGCCAGGAAUCCCAAGCGAGGGGUUGCCCCGGGGUCUGACUCUCAGGGCAAGCCCGUCACCCACUGCGGGACUUUGUGGUGGGCCCCUCAGCUCCCACCCCAGGUUGGGGCCCAGACUGUGAGGUCUGUGUGCCUGUGUGUGUGCGUGUGUUGUGGGGAUCUGGCCUGGCUCUUGGGGAUGGGGCUGCCGGGGACUGCCCCCCUUCCAGCUGCGGCCAGGCGCUCUGUGUGCUGUGUGUGUCCCAGGCUCUGUUGACCCCGUCCAGGAACUUAGUUACCCAGCCUGACCUCUCUUCUGAGAUUGGCCAGGGAGCGGGGCAGGCAAGGGGACCAGUGUGGAGCCUGAGGGUGCCUGCCCUGCUCUGGAGGGAGGGCCAGGAGCUGCCGCCCACCCCAAGUCCUCUCAGGGCCCACCCUCCUCUUUCCGCCUUUGCAUAAGGCUCCUGGGUAAGCUCCAGAAGCCCCAUCCUUCCUGCCUCUGGGCAUAAGGCCCCUGAGCACACUUCAGAAGCCCCAUUCCCCCUGCCUCCAGGCCGAGCCCUGCUGUGAGCCGAAGCUCUCCCUGCCCCACCCUGGCCAUGUGAUCGUGUUGGUGACAGACCCUGAUGUGCUGGUGCUGUGUCCCCAAAACCGGGGCCCUCCACGGAGGCCCCUUCCCAGCGACACUACCUGGGGCUCAGGCCCGGACCCCUCCAGUUCACGGUUGCUCCUGGGAGCUGCCCCUCCCGUCACAUCUGAACCUUGGAAGCUGCUGCUGCUGCUUUACAGAAUUAUAUUUUUUUCUUUUGAAGAGUUUUAAGAAGUUGUAACUUUUUGUGUCUUGUCAUGUCAGAGGAUAAAUAAAUAUUCUAAGUAGA